UUGACUUCUUUGACCUCUUCCUUCUUUGCUCCCAUGGCGUUUCUAAAACCCUAAGCCAAAAUCCAAAAAAAUGAGUGAGAAUCAUAAUCACAUGGCGGAGGUGAAAUCUCUGAACGCGUUGGUCGAUGGUUCAUUCCAGAAGACUCUCUCAAAACUCUCUUCGACUUCUCGUACGAUUCCGACGAACAGUGAUUUCCAAAUUCUCUACAGUUCCGACGAGUUCAAGCGUCCGAUUGAUGAACUAGCUCGGAGCUCGCAGUGUGCUCUUGAGACGAUCGGUGAUAAAAAAUCGGUGAGAUUCGUUGACGGCGGUGGUGGUGAUGGUUCGUUUGACUGGCUUGUCAACGUGAACGAUGCGAUUCUCGAGAAAUUUGACGAUUCUGUAGAUGAGUUCAAGAGGAAUCGAAAAGUAAAGGAAGAUUCAGAGAAGGCGAUUGCUGUGAAAUUUAAGAAAGAACAUGGUAAGGCGAAGGUUCCUUUUCAUUUGCCAACGAUUAACAAGCCUCAAGUUGAGUAUAAGAUUGUGGUGAACAAUGCGAAUAAACCUUUCGAGCAUGUUUUGUUGGAGAAGAGUGAGGAUGGUCUAAGGUUUAUUCAUCCAUUGGAGAAGUUUACGGUGAUGGAUUUUGUGGAUAAAGAUAUAAGUGAGAUGAAGCCUGUUAAGUAUCUCCCAUUGGAUGAGACUCCAUUAACGAUUGUUGAAGAAGUCAAAGAUCUUGAGGAAUUAGCUGCGACACUGCAAAGUGUUGACGAGUUUGCUGUUGAUCUGGAGCAUAAUCAGUAUAGAUCUUUUCAAGGAUUGACAUGCUUGAUGCAAAUCUCUACUAGAACCAAGGAUUAUAUUGUUGAUACAUUCAAGCUUUGGGAUCAUAUUGGACCUUAUCUAAGGGAACUCUUCAAAGACCCGAAAAAGAAAAAGGUAAUGCAUGGAGCAGAUCGAGAUAUUAUUUGGCUUCAAAGGGAUUUCGGCAUUUAUGUCUGCAAUCUUUUUGACACAGGACAGGCCUCAAGGGUGCUAAAGCUGGAGAGAAAUAGUCUGGAGUUUCUUCUGAAGCAUUAUUGCAGAGUUGCUGCAAACAAAGAAUACCAAAAUGCAGACUGGAGAAUACGACCACUUCCAGAUGUAAUGACAAAAUAUGCUAGAGAAGAUACCCAUUAUCUUUUGUACAUUUAUGAUGUAAUGCAAAUAGAUUUGCACACAAUGGCAAAGGAAAACGAGCAAUCUGACUCUCCUCUUAUAGAGGUUUACAAACGCAGUUAUGAUGUGUGCAUGCAACUAUAUGAGAAAGAGCUUUUGACUGCGGAUUCAUAUCUUCACGUUUAUGGGGUUCAGACAGGUAAUCUCAAUGCGGUUCAACUUUCCAUUGUUGCGGGGCUUUGUGAAUGGCGAGAUCGGAUUGCACGUGAAGAUGAUGAGAGCACCGGUUAUGUAUUGCCAAAUAAAACUCUUUUUGACAUAGCCAAGGACAUGCCAUUUUAUGUUGGUCAGUUGCGCCGGUUGUUGAAGUCAAAGCAUCCUUACAUCGAGCGUAAUUUUGACGCAGUGAUCAGUCUCAUCAGACAAUCUAUGCUAAAGGCAGCGGCAUUCGAGCCAGUUGUUCAAUCUCUAAGAGAUUGCCGUCCUGCAACAGUUGACGAUAGUGAGAAAACAGGCGCAAAGGCUUCACCUUCUUCUCUAAGUUUGAGUAAGUUCCGUGUGGAUGAUUCAAAGAAACAAAGAAGUGAUUUUGGAGUUUUCCCGUCAAAGAGGAAGUUUGAAAGUGACAACAAGGUUGUUCAGAAGAAUAUCAAACCUAAGAUCGAGAAAACAGGCAAAGAGGCGACAUCAUCUUCUCUGAAUUUGAAUAAGUUUUCUGUGGAUGAUUCAAAAAAACAAAGCAGUGGUUUUGGAGUUCUGCCGUCAAAGAUGAAGUUUGAAAGUGACAACAAGGCAAAGGAAGUUGUUAAAGUGUCCAAAUCCAAGCCAGAUAAGUUAACCAUAGUGCUGGAUGAUGAUGAUGAGCCUGAUAAACAGAGCUGGGAAACAGGUGAUGCUUCGAACAGAGCUUCGGAAAUGUCUUCUACGGGACCAGGAUCGCUAUCAAUGACUCAAAAGCCGACGACUCAAAAGCCGACGACAAGUAAUACUGAGAUUAUAGUGAUUGACGAUGAUGAUGAGUCAGAGAAUGAUGGAGACAUGAGUAGGAGAAGUGAGAAGGAUAAGAGAUUCAUGAGCCUGAAACGCGGGUUUCUUGACAAGUAGGUCUUUUGAUUAGCUUUUGCGGUACAGUUUGUGCAAUAUUUUGGUGGCUGUUUUGUGUGUUACAACAAUCUAUCUUGACUUGUCUGUGUAUACAACAAGUAGACUUGUGUAUUUCGAUGUGUUAAUUAAAAUGGUGAAUCAACCCUAAACUGAACAUA